AUGGCCUCCCACACGCCAAUUCAACAGAACAGUGACCUGAAAGCGUGGAUUGCUUCCGACUCGGACAUCGACCACGUCGAGAAGUCUACAGAAAUGGGUGAGAAUUCGAAUCAAGAAGUACUUGCCGCUGCCCAUGAGACUGUGACUGUGGACAAGUCAUUGGUGGGGCGCAUAGUAAAAAGGACAGACCUUCAUCUCCUCACCCUAUGUGUGGCGAUCAACAUUUUCAACUUCAUCGAUCGGUCCAACAUUGGUAAUGCUCGAAUCUUGGGUAUGCAACACGAUCUCAAAUUGACCGGUGUUAAAUACAACAUCGCUGUCAUGUGCACCUUUAUCAGUGCUGCAGCUAUCGAAAUACCUGGAAAUAUUGCUUGCAAAUUGAUUGGACCCAGGGUCUGGAUUUCUGCCAUUGUGGUUAUAUUCAGCAUCAUCACGAUUUGUACAGCAUUAGUCGAAACCCCUGGUGGGUUGUAUGCUGCAAGAUUCUUCUUGGGGGUGUUCGAGGGCUCCGUCUCGCCAAGCAUAAUAUACGCGCUGAGCUUGUUUUACCGUCGAUCGGAGCUCGGCCUACGCAUCAGUGUCUAUAUAUCCGCGGCUGGGUCCAGUGGCGCAUUCGGUGGGCUUCUCGCCAUCGGGUUAAGCAGAAUCCCUCGUUGGGGACUAAUUCACACCUGGAGAAACAUCUAUUUUUUUGAGGGAUUGAUCUCCCUGUGCCUUGGGGUCAUUGCAUUCUUCUUCAUUCCUAAUGGACCACAAGAUGCAAGGUUUCUCAAUCAGCCAGAACGGGAGACUGCGGUCGCUCGUCUCAGGGUUGAUGCUGCAGGUACGGAUGAGGGCGGUAAAACGAAGUGGGUGCAUAUUAAACAGGCAUUCAAAAGCCCACAUGUACUAGGAUGCAGCAUUGGCUUUCUGUUGGGAAAUGUGGCACAGAAUGCCCUCGCUGUAUUCUUGCCGUCCAUCAUAAGGAGCUUUGGGUACUCCCCAGAGACAUCACAAUUGCUCUCGGUCGGUCCCUACGCGGUUGCAUGUGUACUCUCUAUAAUAUGCGGCUACCUGUCCGACAAAUAUCAAAGCCGGUCCAUUGUCAUAAUCUGCUGUGCUCCCCUAUCAAUCAUUGGCUUCUUCAUGCUCGAAUUUGUACCAAGCAGCCAUCCAUGGACAAAAUAUGGUGCCAUCUAUCUCGGACUGCCUGGGCUGUUCUCCUGCUUGCCGAUCUACAUGAGCUGGUGUCUCAAUAACUGUGCAACGGCAACCGUUCGUGCAAGCGCUGCUGGUGUUCUUUUCGCAAUUGGAAGUCUCAGUGGGCUCAUCGCUCCCUGGGUCUACCUCACCAAUGACGCUCGAGGAUAUAGAGUUGGGAAUGGCAUCAUGAUCGGCAUGGUCUUCGGGACUUGGAUCACUGCCCUCUCACUGAGAUUCUACUGCCAGUGGGAGAAUCGCCAGCGUGACGAGGGAAAGAGAGAUCAUAUUCUGGAGGGCUUGUCUGCUGCUGAAGAGAGGGAAUUGAGCUCGAAGCAUCCCUCUUUCCGAUAUAUCAUCUAA